UUAAUUUUCGGUAAUUCUAUCGAAUGCUAAGCUGUGUUGCGCUGCUGCCGUCUACGCUGGCAGAGUUAGAAAUUGGUCUUUUUUUUAAAAUUAUGACAUUGAGCUGAGAAAAAUGAUGAAAAUAAAAAAAGGAAUAAUAAUGGUAAUAAAGCGAUAGCGCGUAAAUAAGCUUUAAAUCGUGUAGUACAAAGAUUUUUACAUACAUACAUACAUUUUUAAUCAGAUGAAAGGGUGCUUCAUUAAAAUUUAAAAGUACGCUAGAAAUGUUUGUGUCAAAAAAAAUAUAAUAAACGUAAAAUUCACGAAUUUAAUAAGCAGAAAUGUGUAAAAAUAACUUCGCGACGUGUUGGCUGGCUCUCUGCUGACAUUUUUAAAAACUUGUCCGCCUGCGUACAUAACUAACAAUACCAACAUAUUUACAUUUUCACACAUACAAAUAUGUGCGUACAUAUGUAAGUAGGCAAUAAAUAAAAAAAAAUCGGAGUUCUCUACUAAGGCCAGCGAUACACCCGAGCUGUUGUAAUUUGUGGCGCUACCAAUUAUACAAAAAAUAAAAUAAAAAAAUAAAAAUAAAAAAACAAAGACUAGCAGUUCAUAGAGUGCAGGAAGACACGUUUCCACAAAAUUGACGCAAACCCAUAAAUACUUGAAAAGUUGUCACAACGUCGCCGGACUUCCAAAAAAGGAAGCGUGCCAGUGCCAAUGCCAGUGUGUAGCGCACAUUUCGUAAAUACCAUAGAGUGGGCAAACGAAUAAAAAAAGCUGUCAGAAAGUGAAAAGUAAAAUUAAAAUUUUCUAAAUAACGCUGCUCCGUGCUCUGCCCGGCGCACACAGCACGUAUCUAGUAUCAUCACAUCGAAAGGAAACGAAAGUGAAAAAUCUCAAAUUUAAUGCUGCAUGUUAAGUGGGUAAGCUACUGGUGCUAUUUUGGAACCACAACUUGUUUAAAUCUUUUCAGGAAAAGAUUAGAAAUGCAGUGAUUCCUUCUACAAACAGUGAUUGAACUGAUUUAAAAAGCUUGACAUCAUCUGCGUACAUGAGUAAUUUAGAAUGAAGAACAACAUUUGGAAGGUCAUUGAUGAAUAUCAGGAAGAGUUAGGGAUCGAGGUUAUAAGUCUUUUUCAUGGCAGCCAAACCGAAUCCAAGACAAAAACCGAACAAUGGAACGAAUGUUGAAAAUUACUUCCACUCACUCACAAAUUGAGCGUGUGCGUUUAGACGGCGCGAGCACAUCGUGGCUGAAAGAAGGUACUCGCACACGCGCGGCAAGUCGGUCAAAUUUGGGCGAAAAAUCGUUGGAAAAUACUAUAUAAUAAGUACAUAUAUCGAAAAGUUAGCAAUUGAAGUGUUUUGAAGAGGAGAAAGUACCGUUGAGCCCAAUCCAAAUCGAAACGAGGCUGAGAUAGGCGAAAAAGCGCACAAAAAGGGUGUUAAAAAGUCUUAAAACUGCUGUGGAAAAAAAGAGUCGGUGUUAGUGCAUAUAAACGCUUGACAGGAGUUGUUGUUGCUGUCUAAUUGAAAAACGCUUCGAAUAAUAAGAAGAGAAAAAAAUACUCAAAACCCAAUAAUUGCGGUUUGUAACUUUGAAACCUCUCCAACAACACUACUGCUGCAUGCCUUUGGAAAAGAGCAUUGCAAUUACAACAACGUCAACUUUAACACAAACACCGACAACAACACUACCAGCUUCUAAAACGGAGCAUGCCAACCUUAACAACAACCAACUCCAUUCAACAACGCCGCCGUCGCCACAGUUCGUGGAUGCUCUUUUAGCUGUACGCCGUGAAGAUAUACUUCUUCGUCUUCGCUAUCGAAUUUUUAUAAUUGGAAAAAUUUAGCGAAAUAUAAACGUGAAUUACACAUUUAAAGCUCAAAUAUGGUGAUAAGCAAUACGGAUGCAGUGGCCGCUGCUGCCACCGCCAAUAACGCUGCUGGCGAAGCCGGCGAUAUGGCGCAUCCAUCGGGUAUUCCACGAGAUAGAAUAGAUAAUAUAAUGAGCGGUAUAGCGAAUACUGGCGAUGUGAAAAUGAAUAACCACCGAAAGAAGCUGCGUCAGAGAUUUGAUAUUAUCAAAAAGUUAGGUCAGGGCACAUAUGGCAAGGUGCAAUUAGGUAUAAAUAAAGAAACCGGCCAGGAGGUCGCUAUCAAAACUAUAAAAAAGUGCAAAAUAGAAGCUGAGGCAGAUUUGGUGCGUAUAAGACGUGAAGUGCAAAUUAUGAGCUCAGUGCAGCAUCCAAAUAUUAUACACAUUUAUGAAGUAUUUGAGAAUCGGGAAAAGAUGGUGCUGGUUAUGGAAUUUGCCGCAGGCGGUGAGCUCUAUGACUAUCUCUCUGAACGUAAGGUGCUUAGCGAGGAAGAAGCGCGUCGCAUAUUCCGACAAGUGGCCACGGCUGUGUAUUAUUGUCACAAGCACAAAAUUUGCCAUCGCGACCUUAAGCUAGAGAACAUAUUACUCGAUGAGCAUGGCAAUGCAAAGAUCGCCGAUUUUGGCCUAUCAAAUGUGUUCGACGAACAAAAUUUACUCUCCACAUUUUGCGGAUCACCGCUUUAUGCCUCACCGGAAAUCGUCGAAGGUACUCCCUAUCAAGGUCCAGAAGUCGACUGCUGGUCCCUUGGUGUACUCCUCUACACUCUAGUCUAUGGAUCGAUGCCAUUUGAUGGUUCCAAUUUUAAAAGACUUGUUAAGCAAAUCAGUCAGGGCGACUACUAUGAGCCAAAGACACCGUCGCGUGCUUCCACACUUAUACGUGACAUGUUGACGGUGAGUCCACGUAAACGUGCCACCAUCGAACAAAUUUGUGCACAUUGGUGGGUGAAUGAAAAUGAUAAUGUGUCAUGUUUGGAUUUGGCUGAAGAACUAGCAACACAAACGCCAGUUAGAUUGGAUGUCCUAUUGUCGUUGACACCGGCCGCUGUCACGGCCGAUCAAUUGGUUGUGCCAUCCGCUGAUGCGGGCAAAGCAGAACGUGUGCCAAGAAGUCAUUCGGUGGGUUCGAUACGAGAAAUGGGCGGCAAUACGGAAGCGGAACAAAGAAUAUUGGACAUGGUGGCUGCCGGCGGUGAAGCAGCGCUCAUGCCGUCACCAACACGCACAAUCACACCAACGCAGAGUCCAGUGCAGAGUAAGCGGAAACUUGAAACCACUGUCUCCACAGAGAAUGCACAUGGUGCAGCGCUCAAGAAGAAAGAUAAACCUGGUAGUAGUUCCAUGAUAAUCAGUGAAACAACAGCACCUCUGACGGAGGAAAUUCCCAUGGAGACAGAGGAGGAUGAGGCAGCAGGAAUUGUCGUCGAAGAGCCAAUUACACCAGCGCCCGGCACAACAAUGCCCACUGGUAGCUUCUCUCAAAGAGAUAUGGAAAUGGUGGGUGAUCUUUGCGAGCAACUGAUGAACGUUCCUGAGCAGUCGAAAUCCACUGUUGCCUCUGCACCUUCCCAGACUGAACCCGGCACUGCAGUGACACCUACACAAGCCAGCGUGCCGCGUCAAAGAACUAUUGGCAAGCUCGAAUCGCUAGAAGAGACGCCCGAGGAGAAGGAUGCAACCAAAGUUAUUAAGAAAUUCGUCAAUAAGCAUAAAACCGCUGAUCUGGUGAAUGCCAUCGGUCAAAUUACUCCUCCAGGCGAGAAAGGCAAAGAGCCAACCGCUACAUCUACAACAACUACAACCAAUAAUGCCAAAACCGCAAUCGGCAAACCCACCGGCGGCAUCGCGGCGACAACUAACAACACGGCGCCCGCACCGUUCGUGCGCAAAUGCAGUCUACAAGACGACACGUCAUUGAAUAAAUUCAAUGCUGAUCGGCGUAAAUCACGUGUCCUCGAGACCACCGAAAAAUUGCAACAAAUGAACACGAACACCGCCAGCGGCAGCGGUAGCGGCACUGCAGAAAAACCGAAAAAGUUCAGCAUACCCGGCGUUAGCGUCGGUAGUUUCAAGAAGGAGUUCGAGCGAAAGGCCGCCAAUCCGCCUGCCCCACAAGGUCCAACACCCGGUGAGCUGCGUGCCAUGGAAGAAGUUGCCGCUGCGGCAGCGGCAGCACAAGAACUAGAAGAAGCUGCUGACCAACAACCAACAACACCCGCCACGACUGCAGCAGGCGUUGAAACAGCACAAGAGUCAGCAUCAAUUGAGGCAAGCGAUUCGAAAAACUCCGUUGCAUCGCUGUCGCUUGAGGAUGCGCGUCGCUCCAUGGAAAACUCCAUAGCUUUGUUGCGUCAAGCACAAAGUGAAUCGUCGAAAGAGGUGGAUCAGCUAUGCGCACAAACAGAGAACAUCGAAGUCAGCGAGAACAGUAAUCCCAUAGUGGUCGCAGAACGCGAACGGAAGUUGAAGAAUGCCCGCGCUAUCAUUGGAAAUGCCAUACAGCCAGUUAUACGCAGGCCACCAUCUCAACCAUCCUUUGGUAUCGGCGGCGGGGGCUACGGUCAAAUGCGUGCAGCCAGUAGCGGUUUUAUUGGUUUUGGCAGCAGUGGCAGUGGCAGCGGCAACGGCAGGCAUAGCGGCUUGGGUAUUGGCGAUGCGGACGGCAAUGGUUUUGCGCCGAUCGGUCUCAGCAAUAUCCAGCUGGGGUGUGGCUUUAGCGGCGGCAGCGGAUUUGGCGGUGGAGGCGGUUCUACAACCAAAAAAUUGGCGUAUAAUUUUAGCAAUACUUUGCCACGGGCAUUUCAAACACCACCACCGCCGCCGCCGCCGUCGGCCACCACCCCUCUUCUGUUGGCAAAUGCAAAAAAAGUCAAUGCUAACGUUGCCCUCGCCGCUGCACGGCAACAUAUAAUGGGACGUUUGGCAGCAACAGCAGCGGGUGUGGGCGAUCAGAAUGAAUAUGUACAACUACAACAACAAAAGCAACAACAAGGUCCACUACAUAAUGAACCAUUUAAACCAUCCAAAUAUUUCAUACAGUCACCCACUUCCCCCUCCAACUCCUCUCCAUUGUAUAAUAACAGCAAUAAUGUGAGUUUUCAUCACAACCAACAACAAGAAACACUGCAAUACAUGCCACAACAGCAACAACAACAACCACCACCACCACCUCAAUAUCAGCCAACUAAUUCGUUGCAACAACAAUUAACUGGUACACAAAACCAAAUUUUGCAAUUCCAACAAAGACUACAUCAAUUACAACAACAAAGACAGAGACAUCAUCAAACGCUGUUACAGCAGCAAAACGAAAUAGAACAGCAACAGCAACAACAACCAUUUUACACAACACAGAGUCAUGCACUAUCACAGCAUCAACAACAACAACCAUUGAUGCAUCAAUACCAUCACCAACAACAACAACAACAACAACAACAAACUCACAGCAUGUCAAUGCCACACACACUUGCCGCCGCAUCUGCCAUUGCCACUGCCGCCAACGUCAGAAAUACCGCCGCCCUGAAUACCCCGACCACCGCCGUCGCCGCCACCGCGAAUAGCGUGCCAAAACCGUUUUAUAAUGCACCACCUCCUUCUUCGCUAUUCUACAAAUCAUCACCCGGUGGCGAACCGAAUAAUACAGUUAAGACUUCAACCGCAACGAUAACAUUGAAAUCAGCCACAUUGCCGCGCCGUAAACCAACCGCCAAAACGGAAAUCCAAUUAGAAAUCAAGCCGCGUAUUGUCGAACAACCGAAUAUGCGUUUCACAACGGAAAUGCAACAUCCCGUCGCCGAUUUGCGUAGUGCGCCGCCACGUGACGGACCGGCACCAUAUAGUCCGAUCAAGACGAUGCUGAAUGCGCGCGCUGCCAGUUUAGAACCAAAGGAGCAUAUUAUACCCAUACAAAGGCCACAAGCGCCAUACUCGCGUACCACUUCAAAUACAACAACGAGAUCCGGUUCACUAUCACGUCAAUCCACCAAUGAUUCUGAAUCCGAUACAACAACAACAGCAAAUAUGUCACAAUCCACCAUAACGGGCUCAUCACAACCGAUUAAGAAGAGUCCACGUGAAUUUAUCAUACCGAUAGCAAUGGAGGGCGGCGGCUUUAUAACACCGCGUGAGGGCAGUAUUGAGCCAUCGGAGUCUAGUCAUACCACAUCGAGUCGUGCAACAUUCAAUCGUUUGCGUCCCACUCGUCGCAUGGGCAGCUCACUACUCAACGAUUCUGGCAUCGACGAUAAUUCGCCAUUCCAGAAAUUCCGCACAUCCUCCGGCAAUAGGGAUGGCGAUGAGGAGCCACGUUUCACGCUGCAUCGAUUGAGAAGCUCUCGGCCCGUAAAGAAACAGAGUCAGGAGAAUGAUUCACAAAGUUCCGGCGAAGAAGAUGACGAUGAUGGCUUUGAAAUAUUGACCGCUGAAAAUCUCUUCUCCACAUUACUACAACGAGUGCAUGCACUGACACAUCGCAUGAAUGUUGACAAGGACUUAACUUCAGGAUUUUCAAAUUCAAGCCGCCUGUUGGGCAAUAUGCGACAUGGUUCCUUCUGGAAUCAAGAACCCUUUGGCAGAUCUCAAGUGAGUUAUACUUACAGCGAAACGGUCGAGAAGAAACAAGUCCGCCUCAACACCGCUUCUGGCAAUAAUGUUGGCGCACCAUGGCGUCAUAGUAUGUCACGUGAUCUGGGCAAUGACAUGGAUUCGAUAUUUUCACGAACUGGCGCUACAUUGCCAAGAGGUACAAAGACUUCAACACGUAUUGGCCGUCCGGCCACUAUAGCCGAGCCUAGUAGCACUGUUGAUGGCCCAACAACUGCAACACCCAUUGGUGUCGCUGACGAACCGCUGGAUUUGGCUGAUUUGGAUCUCUCACGUCUACGUUUGAGCAAAAAGGACCUGGAGACUCUAUCCAGCAUUACACCCGGCUUACCAAAAUGCUUCCAAGAGCAACUACUCGCUAAAUUGCCACCAACCCAGGCACGUAAACUAUCACGCACUUUAAGUAUGCAAAGUAGUACCCAAACAGCGCCGGUAAAGGUAUACAAGCGCAGUCAGAGCGGCGGACGUGGUGUGCUGCACACCGCCGCUGGUAGUGUGGAUCUCAAAGAAAAUAUGGCCGAAGAGACGGCCAGUAGCAGCGCGGCGAGCAAACGUAGCAGCGAUAGUGGUGGUGAGCGUCGUCACUAUGAUCCGGUUUACCGGCGAAGCCUCAGCCGUACGCGUUACGAUUACGAAUCGGGUAUACCAUCGGUUAGCGAUGCUGUGUCGAAGAGUCGCAGCAGUAGUGUUUGUCGCGAUGAUUAUAGUAAAUCCAUAUGCUCCGCUUAUACAACCGACAUUAGUGACCGUUACAAAUACUAUUCGCCAUAUCUUAAUAAGCCGGCGUCGAAGGACUCCACCACCGACAGUGGAUCGGUUUCGCCGCAAAAACGUUAUAGCGGGUAUAGCAUGCAACGUGAUGCAGCUGCUUCUGCGCAAGGACGUCCACCAAGUGGUUGCCUGUCACCGCCUAUUAUAGCUGCAGACGGUGGCAGUAGCUCCUUGCGUAGACGUUCUUCGCAGAAACGUAUUUCACGUUUUCUACGUCCCGAUUUCUUUGAUGAACCACUUGACGAGAAUCCAUUUCAACGCGAGAAGAAACAACGUGAACGUGAGACACAAAGUGUGCUGCGUGAGAUAAGAGAAAAAUCGCGCGAGCCGAGUAGGGAGCGCUGCAACUACGGCAGUUACAAUUCCGAGGAAGCUGUAACUCGCAAGCAUAGUUUACCGAAUGCAGAGAGCACGGUAAUAGCACAAAAGAUGGAGCCAAAGCAUGUGCGUAAUAAGAGCAUAGAGCUUUGUUUAGAAUAUCAGCCGGCGAGUAGUUCGUCUCAGGAGACUAUUAGACACAAUAGACGUAGUUUGUCCCGCCCGCGUGAGUUAAGUGAAGAGUUACGUAAGAAUGAGUUGGCCGAUAAAAUUUUGGAAGAGCUACAAUUACUCUCAGCGACGCGAACUCAGCAAGACCUAGAGCAACAGCAGCUUAUAUUGCAAAGAUCAGCUGUGCCCAGGGAAAUUUCUGUAGAACGUUCUUUGGAGACAACAACAAAGUCAGUUGUAGAGGGCCCUAGUAGUCGUGCCGAAAUUGAUGAGAAGGAAACCUUUUCAACAAUUAAGAAAAUUAAAAGGAUUAAACCUAAAGAAAAGUCCAAUACAACAGAAUCCAGCACCGACGCCGAUGCUACUAUAACUGCAUCUGUGGUGAAGAAAGUCAAAAAGAUUGUGAAAAAGACUGAAACUAUGAAGACGACACUUAGUGAUGGCAGCCCUAAUGGGACAGAAAAUAGUCCACUCACACCCUUAGAAAUGGAGCAGUCCAAGAGAGAGUCCAAACUAAAACGUCCCAAGUCAUAUCCAACCAAAGAGCCCACCAACCCCAUGAAGACAGAAAUGGGUGUUUUGACACCAAAGCUGUCCGCUAAACCAAAAGUAAUACCAGAAAUAGUGCCGGAUAUAGCGCAAGCCACCUCCGAAACAUCUGCUGUUGCAUGUGGACGCGAGAGUCGUUUAGUAAGGCCCAAAAGUUAUCCAGCAUCGAAGCUUACACCACCAAAAGAUUCCAAAAGGGUAACGCGUAGUGGCGCAGCCAUACCAACUAUAGCCGAGGGCAAAGUAAAAAAUGCCACGCCACCACUAGCGGUUGAAGAGAAAUUUGAAGCACAGUUGCCACCCCCAAAGGGCUGUGUCGAGACGUCCUCUUCGAGUGACACAAAACCCACGACAAUUAAGAAAGUUAUUAAGGUUUCGAAAAAAUCCAAACUUGCUCAACCACUGCCACUCACGCCGACGACGCCGACGCCAGCAACAACCUCCACUACGACCACACCAGCAGAGAACUCAAAGGAAUCAAGUCCGAAUGUAAAGGAAAAAUCGCCCGAAAAGAAGCCGAGUAAAGGGCUACUUUAUGCAAUUGGUCAGAAAUUUGAAAAAUUGCGCGACUCUGCGAUGAGUAAAGAGAAAAAGAGCGUCACCUCGAGCCCUGCGUCUUCAGCGAAUGGGGGUGUAGUUAAGAAAAAAUCGCCAGAGAGUUUGUCGCCCGAGAAAAUCAAAGAGAAAUCUGCACUACUUAAGAAGAAGAAAUCUUUGGAUGGCACUAUUACGAAGACGAUCACGGACAGCGAUACAUCGCCAAAGCCACUGGGCGAAAACAAUGAUAUCAAAGAGAAGCCAGCAAAAUCGGACAAACGCUCACGCAUUGAUGCUGUGAUUCGUUCGCUACGUGAGCGUUCGGUACCACGAUCUCGACCGGUCACUGAAACCAAUUACAUUAAAAGGGCAGUGAGUGUCGAGGAAAUGCCAGGCACAUUCAAUAAAAAUGCCGUCAAUCGGGUUCUUGGCCUCUUCAAACGCAACGACAAAGAGGUGACGAGAAUACAAAGCACACGUUCCACUAGCAAUAUUGAACGUCAGAUACGUGAAGAUUCACCCUCUCCCAUUUAUCAGAACACAGCUGAAUGCCAACGUUCCAAUAGCAUAUCCGCAGCGUUAGCUACAAAUUUAGGACCGACUGCCGUACGUAAACUCGAAAUCACUGCCAAAUGUAGUUGCGAUAUAGCGCCCGUGACACCAAGGCUAAAUGCGGAAGAUAAGCAAUGUGUUGAUUGUCUGCAAGAUGCCGUGGCAAGCUUCAAAUCCAAGAGUCGUGACGAGAAAGAGGCCGUUAUGGCAAGUCACAAUGAAAUCACACCGGGCAAUAAAGAUAAGCGCAAGGGUUUGAUUUUGGAUCUUACAAAAUUGGACAAAAUCGAUAAUAACACUGCAACAAACCGCAACACUAUGAAGGCUGCGUAUAUCAAUGGUAACGGUAUUUACUCGAAUCUGCCACCAUACCCUGGCGCGGUGAAUAGUUCUUCGAAUAACAGUUCCAGCCAGCAGUCGAUGGAUAAUGCUACUAAUAAUAACAAUUCAUAUAUGACCAAUAACAACUCAUCGAUACAAACCUCGCAGACAUCGGGUUAUCGCACAUCGUCGACACACGAAAUAAAUCGCAAUCAUCUACUAACACCAUCCACUGAGAACAUUGCAAAUUAUUCUUCCGACUCUCGUAGCUAUCAGGACGACUGUGCAUCCACUUCGACGUUCCUUUCGCCAACCGAAGAGCCAGAGCUUUACUUCGAUAAUUGGUCUGUGUGCUCGGAAGACAACUACAUGUUGCAUGCAUCGCCAUCUCCAACUGUUUCGCGACUCUCACGGGCAUCACAGCUCUCCUCGCCUACGCGUGGUGAAAGCUCUGAUCCUAAUGAAAGCGUAAUAGAUCGUAUCAAGCGUCGUAGUUUCUAUUGUCGUUUCAACGAUAAAAAACCCAAACGUACGAGUAGUAUUGUGGGACCCAGUGCAGUACGCGACUAUUAUCGUGAACAACAGGCAGCCUUGAAAGCGCGCUCCAGCAACAAACUAAAUCCCAAUGAACGUGCCAAAUCGCCAGAUAUUACGCAAGAAUUCUUCCGACCACUAAAACUGAGUCCCGUCGGCACCGAAUUGAAACCACCCAUUUAUAAAGCGCCACUCGAUUACGCCACCAACAUUACGAAACCGCGAAAGAGCCUAAGCGAUAUACGACCAACCACCUCGCCAUCAUUGAUAAGCAAACGCUACGGCUCCACAGCAGACACCGACUAUGUAACACUAAGUAGCGGUGUGCCCAUUCGCUACAAAUCAUCAGCCAGUUCCAGUCCGUAUGAAAGCAAAGGCUCCUCGGCUACUAGUGGCUUGAGUUUGGGCGCGAGUGCAAGUGGUGUGACACCAGGUGGUAGCUACUAUAACACCUAUAGCCCGAAAAGACGUUCCUCAUAUACAUUCAAUGGCACACUACCGAGUGGUGCUACGCUUACCAAUUCCACAUUGGAUGGCUAUGCGACAGUGGGUCGUCGACCUAUACGCGCCUAUGAUCAUCGCACGAUGUCACUUUUGGAUCCGACCACAUCUAUUACGUCAGGCUCAGCAGCGGCGACGACUGGCGUGGGUGUGGGUAGCUUUAGACGCGAGGCGCGUACACCAGUACGCGAUUACACAUCGGGCAUUUCGAGAUCAAACUCCCGUUAUCGCACCUCGUCCGCAUCGCGUAGCCCCACAAAUAUUUGAUGUACAACACCGCAGAAUGGUUUUUGUAUCUUCUGCUAUUACUCGAAACGGAAUCGGAACAGCAGCACGCACACGGCCUCGUCGUCGGCGUCCUCAAGGACUAGUGGCGAUAAGAAAUUGCAGGAGUGCACAAAUCGAAUUAGGAAUAAGUUUUAGGUCAAUAAUGCUAUGACAAACAUAAACGCUCGUAUUGAGUCGUCAGUAAGCUAUACACCAAGUUGCGGGGGCAUUGAUAAAACGUAAUGAAGUAAGGCAAAUAAUUGAAAAAAAUUUUGGACUGUACAAAUUUUAUAGGUUAAAACUUAUAAAAAGCCAAACGCUAUAAUAAAUUUGUUAUAAUUUCUAGCUCCGACUACUUGUUUCUUCCAGAAUGACCGAAAAAUAAGUUUUCGCAAUGUGAUUCGCUGAGAAACAUUAAGUUUGAAUUAAAGCUUUUGAAAGCUUUUCAAAAAUAUUAUUUAUUAAAAAUGGUAUAAAAUAAUAUAUUGAAUAUUAGAAAAACAAUAUAAAAGAAUUUAAAAUCGAUGCAUUUGUUCAAAAUAAAAAAAAAUUCAAAAGCUCUAUAGCAUAAAUUCAUGAAAGUGAUGUGUAUAUUUAGAUGAUAAAUGAAACUACAAUAGUUUCUCGGAGAAAAACUUUGAAAAGUUUGCGUAAGCUUUAGGAGAUUAUUGCGAAAACUGUUUUGAAAGCGAUUGUAAAUCGCUUAAAGCUUCAAAGCUUACAAAGAAGUUUUAAAACAGUUCUGAAAAGUUGCCUAUCGUAAAAUAAAAUUGGAUUUCGACAACAAUUAGGCAUGUAAAAUAAGAAACUUUUAUGUGCUUAAUCAAAUUAGCGAUUAGCUUUUUAAUUUACUAUUAAUUUACUGUUAAAUUUGAAAAAAAUUUGAUUGAUGAAAAGAUAAGUCGUAAAAUGGUAUAGAAUUAAAAAAAAAAAAACUCAGCCAAAAAAUCAAUAUUAUUUCGAAAACGAAAAUAAACUGGAAAACUGCUCAUAAAUAUAUGAGUUGAAAGCUAAAUUAAAUUACAGAAAAGCUUAGUUAAGUUGUAUUGAGUUUACUUUAUAGUCUCUUCGCAAUGAAUGCCAAAACUUUAUAAAAAAAAAAAUUACCAACUAUUUUAUUUAUUUAUUAUUUACUUAUUUUAUUACAAAAAUUUCAAAAACUCAACGGGAAUUCGACUAUAGCAAGCUCUAAAACGCUUUCUUAUAUUCCUUCCUUAUUCUCAUAUCUUUCAACAACAAAAAUAAAAAAACAAAAAACAAUAAUAAUGCAGUAAAUAAUUAUUGUAAAAAUGUGAGAAAUAAUGAAAGUAAGAUUUUUGAAAAGCUUUCAUCCCAUCCUUUAUGCUUUCAUAAUUACAGCGCAUCACUAGAAAUAGCUGUAAUAUAGAACUAGCUAUUGUAUUAUGAUUUCUAUAUAGACUAUGUUAUUUGUAUAAGAAAAUACAUACAUACAUACAUACAUACAUACUUUCAAACAAACAAGUAUGAUUAGCACAUGAGCAAUGACUGAUUUAAAAGAACAAUAACAGUAUAUUUUUGAAUUAAAAAAAAAAAACUAUCUAACUUCUAUUGCACUCAUUUAUUUAUUUAUAGUAA